GUCUCCUCGCCGCCCGCACCCCGCCCCUGGCGGCCGCCGCUCGCGGCUCCCGGGGUCCCCGGCUCCGCGUCCCCAGAGCCGGAGCCCUGCUCCCGCGCGCCUCGCUCCCAGCCCCGCCGCGCCGCCCCCCGCAUGCUAAUGGCCGGGCCGCCUCCCGCCGCACACAAUGCGGGCCAGGGCCGGGGGCGGGGGACCGGGGAGGGGGCGGGGGCCGGGCCGGGGGCGGGGGGGCCGGGGCCCGGCGCAUCUCCCCCGGCCCCACGUAACGCUGACGCCCGCGCCGCCGGCCCGCCGCCCGCCGCCGCCGCCGCCGCCCGCUCCGCCGCCGCCCGCCCGGGGCUCCUCCUCGGCACCUGUUGCCUUCAUUAGCAGCUUUCCCUCCUCUUCCCUGCACUCCCCAGAACCAAAGAAUGUGAAGGGCGUCCAUGGAGGGCUCACGUCUCCGCGCGCCAGGCGGCCAUUUAACGCCGUCACCACCGGCCUUUGACGGCGAGCUGGAUUUGCAACGUUACUCCAACGGGCCAGGCGUGAGCGCGGGGUCGCCCGGGAUGGGAACGGUGGGCUGGUCUGAGAGUCGAGCAGGCGAGCGGCGCUUCCCUUGCCCGGUGUGCGGGAAGCGUUUCCGCUUCAACUCCAUCCUGGCUCUACACCUGCGGGCGCACCCAGGCGCCCAGGCCUUCCAGUGCCCGCACUGCGGCCACCGCGCUGCGCAGCGGGCUCUGUUGCGCUCGCACCUGCGCACGCACCAGCCCGAGCGCCCUCGCAGUCCCGCCGCCCGCCUGUUGCUGGAAUUGGAAGAACGUGCGCUGCUGCGCGAAGCCCGACAGGGAAGGGCCCGAAGCUCGGGGGCCAUGCAGGCCGCUCCCGCCGCCGCCGCCGAGGGUCUGGCACGGCCUCAGGGCCCCUCGCCAUCCGCCUUCCGCUGCCCCUUCUGCAAAGGCAAGUUCCGCACCUCUGCGGAGCGGGAACGCCAUCUGCACAUCCUGCACAGGCCCUGGAAGUGUGGCCUGUGCAGUUUCGGCUCCAGCCACGAGGAGGAGCUGCUGCACCACAGCCUGACGGCCCACGGGGCUCCCGAACGCCCCCUGGCGGCCGCCUCCGCCGCACCCCAGCCUCCGCCUCCGCCUCCGCCUCCGCCCGAACCCCGAUCGGUUCCAGAACCGGAGCCUGAGCCGGAGCCCGAACCCGAGGCCACGCCGGCUCCCGCCCCGGCCGCCCCCGAGGAGCCGCCCGCGCCUCCGGAGUUCCGCUGCCAAGUGUGCGGCCAGAGCUUUACCCAGUCGUGGUUUCUCAAGGGCCACAUGCGCAAGCACAAGGCCUCCUUCGACCACGCGUGUCCCGUGUGCGGUCGCUGCUUCAAGGAGCCCUGGUUCCUCAAGAACCACAUGAAGGUGCACGCCAGUAAGCUGGGCCCGCUGCGCGCCGCCCCGGCGGGGUCCGGCUCGGGGCCUGCCCGGGCCCCCCAGCCUGCCGACCUGGGCCUGCUGGCCUACGAGCCGCUGGGCCCCGCGCUGCUGCUGGCCCCCGCGCCCACCCCGGCCGAGCGCCGGGAGCCCCCGAGCCUCCUGGGCUACCUGAGCCUGCGAGCUGGCGAGGCCCGGCCCAACGGCGAGGGCGCAGAGCCCGGCGCCGGCCGCGGCUUCGGAGGCUUCCGCCCGCUGCCUGCCGCCAUGCCGGCCCGAGCUCGCCGGCAGCGCCCCGGGGAGCAGGACGAGGAAGAGGAGGUGGUGGAGGCCGAGGAGGAGGCCUGGGCCCGGGGCCGGUCGCUGGCUCCCCUGGCUUCCGUGCAUCCGCGUGCCGCGGGCGACGGGCCCGGGCACUCCACACCUGCCGCGGGCGCCCAGGCGAGGUCCUCGGGCACGCAGGAGGAGAAUGGGCUGCUGGUUGGAGGGACCCGGCCUGAAGGGGGCCGCGGGGCCACCGGCAAGGACUGUCCCUUCUGUGGCAAGUCCUUCCGCUCAGCGCAUCACCUCAAGGUGCAUCUGCGGGUGCACACAGGUGAGCGUCCCUACAAGUGUCCGCACUGCGAUUACGCGGGCACCCAGUCCGGCUCUCUCAAGUACCACCUGCAGCGCCACCACCGCGAGCAGAAGAGCGGGGCGGGCCCUGGGCCCCCUCCGGAGCCGCCGCCACCCCCUUCCCAGCGGGGUUCAGCCCCGCCGUCUGGAGCCAAGCAGGCACAGCAGCCUGCGAGCUGGGUGGAGGGUGCUGCGAGCCCCCGGCCUCCCUCGAGCGGCGCCGGGCCGGGGUCCCGCAGGAAGCCCGCUAGUCCCGGGAGGACCCUGCGCAACGGGCGAGGAGGCGGUGAGGCCGAACCCCUGGACCUGUCCCUGCGGGCGGGGCCGGGGAGCGAGGCUGGCGGCCCCGGGGGCACCCUCCACCGCUGUCUCUUCUGCCCUUUUGCCACUGGAGCUGCCGAGCUCAUGGCCUUGCACCUGCAGGUGCACCACAGCCGCCGUGCCCGGGGCCGCCGGCUGCCCCAGGCCGACGCCUCUCCGCCCUAUACCCGUGCGCCCUCGGGAGAGACCCCGCCCAGCCCCCCGAUGGAGGGCGAGGACGGCCCCGGUCUGUCGAGGUCGGGAGAAGCAGGGGUAGGGGGGCAGGAACGGUAGGAUAGCCCUAUUAGGGGGUGAUUAGCUUAGUGAGUUCGCCGUGCUGGAGCGGCGGCGAGCACUAGAGGUAGUAGGGUAGAGCAGCCAGCAGGGGGCAGCGUGGGACCCACAUCCCAGCCCCAGGCGGACCAGCUGGUGGAGGGGGUGGCGGGCGUAGGAGGGUGGGCUUGCGGAACCCACUCAGCCCAGGGGAGUCACAGUGCCUUAGAAGUGGCAGAGGUGAGGGUCAGAAAACGGGGUCCUGGGGCUGGCAGAGAAGGGUGUGCGCCUGCCUAGGAGCCGCUCUGCCAGUCUCUGCUGGUCCAUAGGCGUGAAAGUAUAUUUUUGUACAAGGGUGGGGGUGGGGGCACUGUACCCUUCUUGCCCCGUCGGGGCCCUGUAGACGUCGCUAUUUUUGGUACGAUUCCUGUCCUCCCUGUUUCAAAGUCGUGUCCCCAAUAAACAGGUGUCUUGAGGCACAGA